AUGCAAAUCGAAACUCUCACUUCUCAUGACGAGCUCGAGAGGCGGGUAAAGAUGGCUCAGGAAAUUUCUGCAAAGUUAGAGCAGCUCCCGGAUGUGGUGAAAAGCGUGCUUGACGAGUUUCGUACAAAGCUUGAUGCAGCGAUGAAUCAUUUCAUGAAUACAACAAUGAUCUAUGAUGGAACAGGCUUGAACCCUUUUGAUGGAGAGAUAGUAAACAUAGAUCAAAACUUGGAAGGAGAAUCUAACGGGGCUGCAAAUUCCGGCGAAGUUGGUGGUCCGGCGAACUGCGAAAAUAUGGUGGAUGGCACUUCGGCUCGUUGCGAGGAUGUUCGUGACGUACCUAGAGCUCUUUCAUUGCUUGAACGAAGAACGCGACAGCUGAGAGCCAUGCAGCAGCAAUGCAGUGCCCUGCGCAGACGUAGACUUCAUGGACGUUUGAGCAGGGAUGUACACAGCUUUGGAGAGGAACGAGCACGGCUGGAGCGUCUCCGUGACGAACUUCGCAAUGAUCUUUACGAGACAGAGGAUCAAGAUGUGGAAACCCGUGAAGCGAGGAGGAAUCGCAUAUUGAAUUCUCUGCGAUCGCCGAUCCCACCGUCACGCCCUGCAUCUACUGUGACUACCCCCUCUCGUCCACAUGGGGAUGAACGAGCGCGAAGCAACAGCAUAGAAAUUAUUGCAACUCCUCCUGCUGUCGCUGAUUUGGAACAGCGCGCUGGACGAUGGAGAUUGGCAGAGGUACUAAUCGACCGUUACUCUAAACUCUUUUAA